AUGAAUGUCAACUUGAAACUAAUCAACUCGGCAGUGAAAGACCGACUAGUCUCGGUGGUGGAAAUCAACGAAACAAUUCCCAAGAACUCUUUCGGUUUCAGAAACAACUGCUCGGCCCCGACAUGUGUCAAUUUCGUUGUGAACGAAAUCACUGAAGCCAAAAAACGAAAUCUCGAAUGUCUGGUAAUAUUCAUCGAUGUGUCCAAGGCAUCUGAUUCGGUCAAGACAGAUAUGCUGUUGAAUAUGGCGAAGCAGAACAUCCCAGAAAAAUUAUUAUCAUGGAUCUACACAUACCUGAAGGAGAGGACGCUUAUCUUGAAGACGAAACAAGGAGAAAUCAACCCUGGUAAACCAAGGUUUGCCACAAGGAUGCCCGCUGUCACCUGUACUUUUCAAUCUCUAUACAGCAAGCCUACAUGA